UACCGCUCAUAAGUUUGUAGAACGUGAAAGCGCGCGAACGCGUCCAAAACAUUGGCGCGCUUUUUGAAGUGACAUUGAAAAAAAAAAGUUUUCGAAAAUGGAAGGCUGCGGAAUGAGCUGCAUAAAAUAUCUCUUGGUUGUUUUCAAUGCUGUUUUUAUGAUAUUCGGCAUAGUGAUAAUAGCAGCAGCAUGCGUGGACAUGGGAAUGAUAAAGGGCUUCGCUGGUAUGGAGACGACGGGCCAUGAAACUGACGCAGUGCUGAUUGCAGUGGGGGUGCUGAUCAUCAUCGUCGCUGCGUUCGGUUGCUUUGGCGCUUGGAAGGAGAGCACUAAGCUUUUGUAUAUCUUCGUCGGCUGUCUAAUCCUGAUCAUCCUACUGGAACUGUCCGUUGGUAUCGCUGCAGCAGCUCUACGACCACAAAUUGAAGGGACCAUGAAGACGCAACUGCGAGCUUCCUUUAUCAAGAACAAGUCUACAAGGGAAGAAGAUUCGGUAUAUAGGGAUUUCUGGGACAAGGUUCAACAUGACCUCAUGUGUUGCGGAGUAACAGGACCGGACAACUAUCUAGCCUCAGAGCCUCGUCUCAACCCGUCCUACAGCUGCUGUCCCCAAGACGACUCCGACCGCUCCGUAGAGAUCAAACGCUCUGAUUGCAUCUCCCUUGAUACCUUCUAUAAGGAAGGCUGUGAGGAUAAAGUACUGAGUACCAUACAUAGCGCGGGCUUGACUGUUAUCGUUUGCGGCAUUCUGUUCUGUUUCUUGGAGGUGGCCGGCAUAGUGUUGGCGCUAUGGCUCGCACACUCCAUAAAAACGGAGGGAAAAAGCCGAGAAACCGCGUAAAUUUACAUUUAAAGCACUCGUAGCUUUACGCACUAUAAGUAUUUAUAUAUUAAAAUAUACGCAAUUUGUACCUGUUUAAUUUGCUAAGGUUUCUAAAAUUUCGUAAGAUUUUGAUGUAAAAACUAGGGGGAUGUCUGUAAGUAGGAAUCUCAUUGUAUGUGUUUUCGUUAAUAAUGUAGAAAAUAAAGAAAAUUCUAAAAAAAAAAUCUAAAAUUAUUUUCUUAAAUUUAAAAUUGUAAUAAUUAAUUAAUGUCCUCGUUAAUAUAGUAUAAUCAUGUAGACUACUUGAAAAUAAGA